GUGUGCAAAUAUAUGAGAAAAAGGAGCAAGGUGCUUUAUUUCUAUUUAUCGUAAUUUGCGCAUUUCACCUUUUUUCUUUGAACAAAUGCACCAACGCUUAACAUGGGGUGGCUGUCUCAAGGCGGGAAUUUAGGUUAAUCAUCGGUAACAGAAGUUAAAUCCCAGGUUAAUGUAGUAUUGGAUUGAAGUAUGACUUCAACUAUCUCAGAAGAAAAUCCUCCUUCGCUCUCCAAAGGCUGUUUUGUUCAUCGAAAAAAGCCUCUCCAAAGGACAAAAAAUAGUAAAAGUACAUCAGAAGAAGGUGAAGAUGAGUUAUGGAGCUCUAGGAAGGACAUUUAUCAAAAUCUGUGGCAGAUAAUAGAAAAAGAAAUUAAUGGUUUUCAAGAAAAGGUUCAUGGAGAAGCCUUAGAUGCUGUGGAUUCUUUUGUUGUAAAUUCUUAUUCAAGAUCGAGCACAAUAAAAAAUGUUAUCAAAGAAAUUCCAACUGCAGCUCUUAUAAUGGGAGUCAACAUGCCAGACCAUAGUGUUAUUUUGCAGCUGCUUUUUCAGCGAUUGCUUCAUUCUGUUACUGAUCAUGUUGUGUCAUUACAUUCAAGAGAUUGUAAAACACUGUCAAUGAUGAUUCAGAAGUUUGUGGCUAGUAUCAUGAAGACUGGCAUGGAUGAUUUUGAACAUUUGAAACGGCAGGACUUCACUUUCCACUCAUUGUCAGCUUGGUAUCAAGAUUUUUAUCAGAGAGAGAAGUGUGCUGGGAAGUCUCCACAGAAAAAGCGGAAGAUUUCUGACCACAGUGAGCGACCUCAUGCUUCACCUCCAAUAGUUAUAUUUCUAGAAGACUUAGAAGCAUUCAACUGUACAGUUCUAACUGACUUCGUCUUACUUUGGAAUUGUGUAUAUAAAAUCUGGUCACAACAGCUGGUGAAUGAUGUUGGGUUCCAUGUCCACAACUGGCUGCAGAUGGUGAAUGAUGUUGGGUUCCAUGUCCACAACUGGCUGCAGAUGGUGAAUGAUGUUGGGUUUCAUGUCCACAACUGGUUGCAUAUGGUGAAUGAUGUUGGGUUCCAUGUCCACAACUGGUUGCAUAUGGUGAAUGAUGUUGGGUUUCAUGUCCACAACUGGUUGCAUAUGGUGAAUGAUGUUGGGUUCCAUGUCCACAACUGGCUGCAGAUGGUGAAUGAUGUUGGGUUUCAUGUCCACAACUGGUUGCAUAUGGUGAAUGAUGUUGGGUUCCUUGUCCACAACUGGUUGCAUAUGGUGAAUGAUGUUGGGUUUCAUGUCCACAACUGGUUGCAUAUGGUGAAUGAUGUUGGGUUCCAUGUCCACAACUGGCUGCAGAUGUUCUGUCUUUUUGAACAUUUCUACACGUCUACUACAACAACGUUAUGUUGUGACCUCUCACAGUUAAAAGGUCGUAUUGAAAAUUUAGGAAUAUCAGAAUUUACAGCCAUUAAAGAACUUCCUUCUUUUAGGCAGUAUUUGCAGAAUUGCCAAAAUGUCCCAGGAAAUAAUAAAAUUUACAAGGACCUUGUGUUCAAACUAUUAGAAGAGCUGCAUACCUACCAGUACAAAAUGUUUGGAUUAGUAGGAUGUCUUCAUGUCCUUGUUAAAGAUCUUCCUAGUCAUCCAUUAGGUAAACAGAUGAGAGAGGUAUAUGUUCUUGCCUUAGAAAAAAACAUCAGUGACACACAAGAAUAUAAGAAGGCCUCUAAAAUUUUUGGAAUGCUAUCUCGAAAUGAACUAGAAGAUCGCCUUCUGUCUUGCCAGUCAUUUUUAGAGAACAAUGAAAUACAACAUUGGAGUCAAUUUCAAGAUGUCAGGCAAAAACUUCAAGAGUUUAUAAGCAAUCUACAUCAUAUAAAAGAAAUGGCUGACACUGAGGAGACAAAAGUGAAGCAAAAACAGUCUGUGAUUGUGGACUUUGGAAAAAUGACAAGUAGAUCACAGUUAAAAGAAAAACUAAAGGAUCUUGCUCGGAAUAGAAAGAGCACAGAGUUUGAAAAUUGUCGUCAAAACAUUGUGGACUUCUUCAACUCUUUGUUCAGAGAACUUGUGCCACCAUCAUGUUUUCCACUUCAUGAAAUCCUGUAUUUUAAUUAUGCAGGAAGUGUAAAACAGCACAUUAUGGCAGCACCAAGAUCAGCUAUAUGCAAGGCCUUAGUGGACCCUGCUUCUUAUCUCCAGUGUACAUGCUGUUCUAUUGAUGAUUAUUCACAAAUCUGUAGCUCCAUGGUGGAUACUUGUGUAGCCUACAAAUUACAUCUAGAGCAUGGACGUCUCAUCAACUUAUAUGAUUGGCUACAGUCAUUCAAGAUGGUAAAAAUGGAAGCUGAUUCUGGAAAACUGACACAAGUAGAUAGGGAAAAGAGAAAAAACAAGAGAAAAGAUGAGCCUAAUCAGGAUUUGAUACUUCAGUAUCCUUUAGAGUAUUUUCUUACAUGUUUAGAUGUAGCUCAGUUUGUGCAGGCAGUUUCAGAGCUUCAGUUUUUAGGUUUCAUCAAACCAACGAAGAGAAAGACCGAUCAUGUAGCUCGACUAACCUGGGGAACUUCUUAAUUUCUGAUUGUAUGUAAAAAUGUCCAAAGUUUAGAAUGUUUUUAACAAUAUGUGUUGUAAUGGCCAGUUUCAUCCAAAACUUUGUACCACAUGGACAUUUUAAUAAAAAAGUAUGUUUA